AUGCCAUAUGUCGAAGAAGAACAACCUAACUUGAGUAAUUUAUUAUGGGUCCAGGAAGAAGACAAUCAAUUUGUACCAAUGACUCAUAGUCGUGUUCCUCUUGAUUUAGUUACUUUUAAACCAAUUGAACAAAACUCUCAACAAAUUCAAAGAAAUACUAAUGAACAACUAAUACAAACGACGACUCAACUAACGAAUACCGAAAUCAAGCAAGAGGAGGAUGCUAAAAUAAAAUUAGAAGAAGAGGAGAUAAAUGAUGCUCCAAAUAAUGCCUCCGAAGUAAAACAAGAGCUACAACAUAUGCGUCCUCAAAUGUGGCGUCAAUCGAGCGAAUCACGACAACAUUUAUCAUCUCAACAGUCUGAUCGCCCGCGCGGUGCAAAACGUAAACCAUCUUAUCAAAGACGCGAUAGCUGGUGGUCAGAUAAUCGUGAUCGUGAUCAAGACAGAGAUGGAAUGAGAGGUGAUCCGAGAAAUGAACGUGGUGAUCGUGGUCGAAAUCAGGAUAACAGACGUGGGCGUCAACCACUACGUAACAGAGGUCGUGAUUGGGACCGAGGUAGGGAUAGAGAUCAUCGUGAACGUGAUCGAGAGUGGGAAUACAAUAGGCCACAUACUGAUCUUGACCGGCCGGAAGAGGGUGAAUUGGUGGACAUUGACUUUGCAUCCUUUGCUGCUGGCAUGAAUCGAGGAGAUAAUAAUCAUUCUGCUCGAAAACAACAGAGGCUUGAUUGA